AGACGCCCGGGACACGAGGCCCGAAACCUAUAUUUUUGCAAUCUGCAACCAUUCCUCCAUGUCCAUCCCUCUCCACCGCCUACUUCAUCUUGGACGUACGAUCGGAGAAUUGACACCACUCUUGCCGGAAAAGACUCAGUCGCAAACGAAUUUGCAGGGUGGAAAGUCUAUAGCACAACAGAAUCAGACAAGACCUGUUUUAACAGUCACGAACUAUCGGCCUGUCAUCUCCUCCGCAUCCAACCGCAGCGCUUCGAGCCGCCUCAAAGGCACAGUCGCGAAGUUGAAGUACAACCAAGGAUUCACCAUGAAUAUCAGCGGGCCAUUCGUCGAGAACGCAAAUGCAAAUGCCAUAGACACUCCUCUUGGCUUCGACGAGUGGAAUAGCGGUCUGCCCAAGGAAAAACGCGUGCAAAUAAAAACCUCCCGCGUCAAGGAAAGCGCUUUUAGCAUGGAGUGCGAGUAUCAUUGACAGCAUAGAGUGGAUGUUCCAGUUCUCGCAUACCUUGUGGCAGCGUCCUUGACGAGACGCUUCAAUGUGUUCAUGUACGUAUGCUUGCCAUCCAAGUUCACAUUUGCUAUCCAAGUACAGAAGUCUCAACGUCCUCACACUCGUACGUACAGAUCUGGAAUUUGUUAUAUCUACCUGUACUUUUUUUGUCGUCGAAUUGCG